UGUUUGCGGCAGUGCUGUAGGUGAGAGCUGGGCGCCCUGCGGGCGGGUAGCGACAGCAGCGAGCCCAGAUUGAAGACGGGUACAUGACGAUCCCAGGGACAGCUGCCCUGACUUCAUUUUCUUGGACGAGUCGCAGCAUCGGUCCCAGAAGUCCUGUGUUGGCCCCAGAACUCCCAAAGAAUACAGUUUAGGACAAUGAAUCCAGCAAGUGAUGGGGGCACAUCAGAGAGCAUUUUUGACCUGGACUAUGCAUCCUGGAAGAUCCGCUCAAUGCUUGUGGUUGCUGGCUUUAUCUUCUACCUGGGUGUCUUUGUGGUCUGCCACCAGCUGUCAUCCUCCCUGAAUGCCACUUACCGUUGUUUGGUGGCCAGAGAGAAGGUAUUUUGGGACCUGGCAGCCACACGUGCAGUCUUUGGUGUUCAGAGCACGGCCGCGGGCCUGUGGGCUCUACUGGGGGACCCUGUGCUUUAUGCCAACAAGGCACAGGGCCAGCAGAACUGGUGUUGGUUUCAUGUCACAACAGCGACAGGAUUCUUUUUCUUUGAAAAUGUCGCUGUCCACCUGUCCAACUUGGCCUUCCGGACGUUUGACUUGUUUCUCGUUGUUCACCAUCUCUUUGCCUUUCUUGGGUUUCUCGGUUCUGUGGUCAAUCUCAGGGCUGGGCACUAUCUGGCUAUGACCACCCUGCUCCUGGAGAUGAGCACCCCCUUUACCUGCAUUUCCUGGAUGCUCUUAAAGGCUGGCUGGUCCGAUUCUCUGUUUUGGAAGCUAAACCAGUGGCUGAUGAUCCACAUGUUUCAUUGCCGCAUGGUCCUGACCUACCACAUGUGGUGGGUGUGUUUCUGGCACUGGGAUGACCUGACCAACAGCCUGUACCUGCCUCAUUUUGCACUCUUCCUCGUUGGACUGGCUCUGCUCACACUAAUCAUCAAUCCAUAUUGGACCCAGAAGAAGACUCAGCAACUUCUCAAUCCAGUGGAUUGGAACUUUGCACAGACAGAAGCCAAGGGAAGUUGGUCAGAAAGGGCCAAUGGUCAGGUGCUGCAGAAGAAGAAGUCCUAACAGCUCGGGGGCCAGCUGCCUCUGAGAUGCCAGUGGACGCAGGCACACGGAUUCUGUGAAGCUCCAUGAAUAGUGACUUUUGAAUUAAUGAGGUAGUGACUGUUUUGUGUUCAGUUCUAAGUGAAAUACUAACUUUCUUUCUCAUUAGUAUUAAUUCUGACGUAGCCACAAAGUAUUUGUAAGGUCCUGAUUCACCUUGAUUUGCAAAUUUUUUGCCAUCCUAAUUUUGUGACUUUUCCGGCUGAUUCUGUAAGCGUAGCCAAUGGUAGACCAUGUUCAGCAUCAAGGAAAGGAGUCCACGGUGUCAAGGCAUCACCUGUGGAGUAGGGAGUGGCUUUGUCUGAAUACUUGAAGUGACUUCAUAUUGAAGUGCCACCUGGUGGAUGGGGCAGGUCAGCACAGAGUCUUUCCAGUCACUCGCCCACAUGCUGUGUGUUUUAUCCCGAAAUCAAUUAUUUUUUGUUGUAAUGAACUGGCCUAAGACAGAAAAUAAUAUGAUUUGUUACCCUCAUUACAAUUUCCCAAUAUAUGAAAUUCUAAACUCAGGGGUACAAUAGUGUUAUCUGGUGGCAGAUGGUACAAGAACAUCAUGGGGUAAUGACCCUCCAGUAUGCUGAGGCACCUUGGAGUUUACCCACCCUGACAUGGGUAUGGGGUGGUGGAGGUGAACUCUUGCAAGUUUUUUUGAACCACUAAAUUUGCUUUAAAAUGAGAAUAUUUUAUUCAUAUUGCUCAAUUGACAAAAUAAGGUAGGUGUUUAGUAACCAGAUUUGUCUAGAUUUUACAGCUGUUUUUAAUUGGCUUUGGUGCCCAAACUAGACCCUAAUUCCUCAGUUGGUGUUUCUCUGUAGAUUUCAAGACAAGGUAGUGAUGUCAUUCCCCCCCAAGCUGUGGGGUAGAUGCAGUGGGGCCCUGGGGUCCCUCGACACUCCUGCAGUGGCCCCUGGCAAUGAAGUACCUGAUGACAGGUCCCAGGGAACACUACUUUUACUGUUUUGUGCCCGGGUAGAAUCUGUACACCAAUUUAGCAGUCUUAUUGACAGACAUACACUUUUUUUUUUUUUUUGCCAUGAAUGUGCAAUUAAAAGUGAAAGCUUAUUUUUUACCAAAAGUACCUUUGAAGUACUUAUGGAAAGCACGUGUUUGUUCAUGAAAAUCAUGUGUGACGUGUUCAUAUGUAUCAUGGAACUCUGAGAAUAGUGUAUUUUGAUUAUUAGUGCUUUAACUUUAUUGAUUAUGCUUAGGUUAAGGUAUAUAAUAACCUAUUUGUCACAUUUUAAGAAGUGAUCUAAAUCUUAAACAUAUCCAGCAAAUGGUGUUUCUACGGAGACUAUAAACUGAAAGGCCUGUAGCUCCUGGCAGCCUGCUCUGUCUGUGCAGCCCUGCCCUUGUGGAAUCAGUAAUAAAGUAAUGAUGUUUAUGUAAACCAAAUGGUGUCAUUCCUGUUUCUCAAAAUAAACUUACCUGUUCAUA